AUGUCUCCGUCGUUACCAUAUGCCGCAGACGUUGAGUCGCCGCUGAAGCCAGAAGAACUCCAGGUCUUGCGGGCGCAAUACGAGAAAGAAGGCGAGUAUGUUGGUUUACAGACAAAGUUCAACUAUGCAUGGGGCCUCAUAAAAUCCAACUCCCGCCCUGAUCAACAAGAAGGCGUCCGCCUCCUCUCCGAGAUCUUCCGCAACUCCCGCGAGCGACGCCGCGAAUGCCUCUACUACCUCGCCUUGGGCAACUACAAACUCGGUAACUACGCCGAAGCCCGACGAUACAAUGAGCUACUGUUGGAGCUGGAGCCGGCAAAUUUACAGUCGGGGAGUUUGAAGGGACUGAUUGACGAGAAGGUUGCGAAGGAGGGGUUGGUUGGUGCGGCGAUUGUAGGCGGUGUAGUGGUUGCGGCGGGAGUGUUGGGAAGUUUGCUCCUCAGAGGGGCUGGGAAGAAAAGAUGA